UGAACAAGAAAACUCCAAUAUCCCAUUCUGUUGUAGUAAGCUUUGCCAAUUAUCUCCCAUGGCUUUGGGUCUCAUGAUUCCUCAUUCAUGGCUUCUUUUUCUGAGCUUUCUCUUCGUUUUUCAUAGCUCUCUCAUUCCAUUAUGUCAUAGCCAGUCUAGCUCUCCUCAAAAUAUUGAAACUUUCUUUCCGACUUCACCCUCAGCAGCACCGCCGGAGCCACCGGGAGAACCUCAAGCUUCGCCCACCGGAGCCACUGGUGCUUCUUCAUCAACCGGUAAGAUAGCCAAGGCAGUGGCUGCAACAGCAGCAGCUACUUUCGUUGUUUCUGGUUUAAUCUUCUUCAUAGUAUAUAGGUGCUUGAGAACAAGAAGAAAACAGGAGGCCGUUGUUCCUCAGAAUCAAAUCAAUGGGUUUGAGCGAAUCGGAGGAAAUGUGAGGGGAUUAAUUGUUGAUGAGAAUGGAUUGGAUGUGGUCUAUUGGAGAAAGCUUCAAGGAAGAAGCUCCAAAGGGGAUUUCCAAAAAGAGGUUUUCCGCAGUUCCCAGAACAAAGAACGCCAAGAAAAAGAAGAAAACGAUGUUGAAGGGAAAAAGCCAGAGAUGGUUCAAGAAUUUCCUCUUCUUCGGGGGAAAUCUUCGACUUCGCACAUACCAGAAGACGAUGAUUCAAAUCGAAUAAUUACAGCAAGAACUAGUCUUCCUCCUAAAUCAGCAAUUCCGAAACGGAAUAGUUCGGCCCCACCAACUUCAUCUCCUCCUACUCUCCAACCUGUUCAGGCUAGAAAGAAUUCACCACCGGCGCCGUCAAGGCCUCGGCCACCACCGACAGUGAAGUCAUCGUCAAAGCCACCACCGGCAUCUCAUGAAAUGCCAACUAACAACGGUGAGUCGGGAAAUUCUUCCGGGGAAGGCAUGUCGGAAUCCGGUAACGGUCAGGUAAAGUUGAAGCCUUCUCAAUGGGAUAGGAUGAGCAGCAAAGGUGAUCACUCCAAGGGGCGAGACAAAGCCGAUGCGGGUUCUUUCAGUGUUGAUCAAGAUCUUAUGGAAGCACUCUUCGGAUACGUCGCCAUCAACAGAAGAUCACCAAAAGGAAGGACUGACUCAGCAAGCAAAAGCAGGGGAGUCUCUUCUCAAGGGCAAGUCAGAUUGUGAAAGAGAAACAACAGAAAAUAUGGUCAAGAAGGAGUUUAAAAGGAUAUAUGUCUAGAGAGAGAGAGAGAGCCUCUUGGACUAUUUAUCAAAGUUAAGAAGCUUGUGGAGAUUGUUGAUCAAGCCAACGUUGAGAUUUCUCGCAGCAUGCAGAAGAGAGGGUUCUUCUGGGUAAGCUUUCAUUUCAAUUCAGGCGUUAACACAAAGUUGAGGAACACCUCAUGUGGGAACAGUCUAGGGGAAGACUUAAAUGAUUCAACAACUCUUGAGUAAGUGGCCGGCAAUUCAGUUACUGGAUCUACCCAUUUGCCCACUGGAGGCGGAUUUGAGCUGUGUUUCAUGAACCACGAGUUGGGGGAAGCUUCUUAGCUGUAUCCUAUGAGUAGUAGAAAGUGACGUGUGAUCAUAUUAAAUGUGAGUUUCAAUGGAAAAUAUGAUGCACGUCUUCUUAUGAUUUUAUAUAUUGUAUGUAUCCCAUUAUUUGGUGUUAGGUCAUCGGAUAUCUAAAAAUUACUUCAAAAUCCAGUUAAUUAAUGGGUCUUUUUGAAAUGAUUUAUAAA